UAAUACGACAUUUUCGAAUAAAUAAAAGUUUGAAUGAUUGCAAUCAUUCGGUAGACGAUCGUCGGUAUUAAAAGAAGUAACGGUGCGCUCUUAGCCACAAGUGUGUGGCGCGUUCGAAAAACGUGAUAUUCCUUAAUCUCUUAACUUAUAUUAUCGUAAAAAAAAUUCAGUUAAUAAUAAAAAAUGUCCAAAACUAAUAAGCCACUGGAAAAUGAUCCGGCUGAGAGUAAAAAACUUUUGGACACCCAAAAAUCUAUCGAUGUGGAGGAAGUGCGUCGUGUCUGUGCCGAAAUGCCGUUAACGCGUGACACAACAUGCGGUGUUGGAUUUCUAAAAGGAGCAUUUUUACAAAAAUUUGCUAAUCAAACGGCGUACGUUAUUAUUUAUGGCAUGGUCGGUUGUGUCUUUGCCAUGGCCAGUGCUUAUUUCAAUGCCACAAUUUCUACGCUGGAAAAACGUUUUAAGAUACCCUCGCGUAAUACCGGCAUGAUUAUGAUCGGCAAUGAUUUGAGCCAGGUUAUGUGUUCGGCAUUUUUGGGCUAUUAUGCUGGUAAAAAACAUCGACCACGUUGGAUGGGCUUUGGUCUAUUAACCCUUGUCGUCUUCUGCAUGCUCACGGUGACGCCACAUUUUAUUUAUGGCCCUGGAGAUGAUGCUUUAAGUCUAACCAAAGAAUAUGGAGCAGUAUCAGAUAUAGAUAUUUCUAUGAAAGAUUUAGAGGAGCAACGGCAAAAAAUUCUAUGUCGUGACGAUGGAACGGGUGUAGAAUGUGAAGUACGUGAGGGUAGCCUAGUGCCGCAACUUUUAUUGUUUACGGCACAAUUUAUUGCUGGAGUGGGAGGUUCUCUCUACUACACCUUGGGAGUUUCUUAUAUGGACGACAAUACCGAGAAGGCCAAGGCACCGGCGAUGCUGAGUAUUUCCUAUUUUUUCGGCCUAUUGGGUCCAUCUAUGGGCUAUACCUUAGCCUCGAUUUGUUUGCGUAUCUAUAUUGCACCGUAUUUAACUCCGAUAAUAAACAAUCGUGAUUCCCGCUGGUUGGGUGCAUGGUGGAUGGGUUGGUGUAUUAUGGCAGUAAUGAUAUUCCUCUGUGGCCUAUUCAUGUUCCUCUUCCCCAAGGAAUUGCCAAUGACGGCUGCCCGCAGAAGAAUAUAUGAAUUGAGGGCCAAAGAAGAGAACAUGGGUAAAUCUGUGGAGCGCAUUGAAAACAAGGCAUCCUUCUCCGAUAUGAUACGCACCUUCAGAAUGUUUUUCAAAAAUAAAAUUAUUCUCUUCAAUUCAUCGUCGAAUAUUUUCUAUUUCUUUGGUUAUGUUCCGUAUUGGAUAUUUACUGCCAAGUACAUUGAAAUUCAAUAUCGACAAUCAGCGGCCACUUCAAGCAUUGUCACCGGCACAGUUGCCUUGGCAUUUUCGGCCAUAGCCAUCCUCUUAUCUGGCUUUAUCAUAUCAAAGUAUAAGCCCAGAGCUCGUUAUUUGGCCGCAUGGAAUAUAUUGGUCGAUAUUGUGACGAUGUCCGGCAUGAUUGCCUAUGCUUUCAUAGGCUGUUCGGGCAAUGACAUAUCAUUGAUUAACAAUUCUUAUGAUAGCGGUGUUUUGAACACCACCAUGAGCUGCAACAGUGUUUGCCAUUGUGAUUAUGUCCGUUAUAUGCCAGUGUGUGGAGAAGAUAUGAGAACGUAUAUUUCGCCGUGCCAUGCCGGCUGCAAGCGAGAACACAUGGAUUCGAAUGGAAUAAAAAGCUAUUACGACUGUUCCUGCAUACCGACCGCUUCGAAUGAGACAUUCAAUACAAAUCCGCUAUUUGAAAGGCUAACGAGCGACGAUAUUAUCAAUUCGAAUUUAAAUAUAACAAAUCUUUCCUUGGGUACAGGUGGUCAAGCCAUGUCAGGAGCCUGUCCGGUUAAAUGUUCGCAACAGUUUAUAACAUUUUUGGCCGUGAUGUGUGUUAUUAAAUUCUUUGCUGCAACCGGACGAGCUUCGAAUCUUUUAAUUACAAUGCGUUCCGUCUCGCCAGAAGAUAAAUCGGCCCUUAUGGGUUUCGGUAUGAUGUUCAUAUCGCUGGUGUGUUUUGUACCGGCUCCGAUAUUUUAUGGUUGGAUAUUUGAUAAGAAUUGUUUGGUAUGGGGUAAAACGUGUACGAAUAAGGGCAAUUGCUGGCUAUAUGAUGCGGCCGGAUUGAGAUUAACCUUGAACUUAGUAGCUGCUUUCUUUGUUGGCAUUAGCACAUUUUGUAAUGCCGGCGUUUGGUAUUAUGUUAAGCAUUUGAAAGUUUUCGAUGAUGAAGAAGAGAAGCCCAAAGAAUUGCAGGGUGCAUCCAAAAAUGAACAAACACUUACUCAUAAUGAGUAAAGUUCGAGGAAUUUUCCCAUACGAUAAUUUUUAAUAAAAUAUAACGAACAAAUAUUAUAU